CACAAACUUGAAUGACAUAAAACAAAGAAUUUCAUUUAUUAUGAUUAUUCGUCGAAUAAAACAUUAAAUUAAAAUUACAAUCUUUGUAACAAUGUGGCUAAUUUUGAACUCGAUAAUUCAUAACUUGGGCUAUUAUCGAUAAAUUAAAGCUCUCAAUUUGGACUCUCACAAUUUUGGCUCCCCCAACUUGUUGCUGCUAUAGCAACGCAAAAAAUUGUAAACAAAACCCUGAAGAUAAUGAAAAUGUAGAAUGAGAAAAAUAACAUAUUGCAAGGAUAACUCGCUGACUCCAUAGUUGGAAAAAAUGUCGUUCGAGAAGAUACUCUAUAAAUAUGAUGAUCCCCAUGGAAUUGGCGAUGUUUACUUUAUUUGGCAAAAAGGAGCAGGAGCCUUACUGGCUACCACUGGAACCGACGGAUCCGUCGUAUUGUAUAAUCGUCAGGGUCAAAUGGUCCAGCGCCUUAUACUUGCCGGCCUUUGCUCAGGAUUUGCAUGGGACAACGAUGGAGAAUUGUUGGGCAUCAUUACCAGUGGAUCACCAAAUAUAACCCUAUGGGAUUAUGGGACACAACAAAAGCUGACUGUAGAGUCCGGUCUGCGAGAUCCUUUGACCUGCAUUUUGUGGUCGAAGCAAGAUCAGCUACUAGCAGUGGGCACUGGCCGUGGUAAUUUGGCCAUUUAUAAUCAUCGCAGUGGCAAAAGGACACCUGUGCUUGGGAAGCACAGCAAGCGCAUUACUUGUGGUGCCUGGUCAGCUCAAAAUCUUUUAGCUCUCGGUUCAGAUGAUAAGAGUUUUUCGCUAAGCAACGAAGAUGGAGAUACUGUGCGGGUUGUCCAAUUGCGAGAUGUUCCAACCGAUAUAUACUUCGCCGAGAUGGCCAGUGAUGAACGGAUUUCUGGUGAUAAUGCGAUUAGCAUGAUAAUAGGAAAACGUACAUUGUUCUUGUACUAUUUGCCGGAGCCGGAGAAUCCCACUGAGCUUGGUUUUCAGAGUCGUUAUGGUUCACUGCUGCAGCACAAGUGGUUCGGCGAUGGUUACAUAUUGCUAGGUUUUUCCAAUGGACACGUGGUGGCCAUUUCUACGCAUCCAAAGGAUGUGGGCCAAGAACUGUGGCAGGUCAAGAAUCACAAAGACACGUUGACCGGCUUAGCCUAUUGCCCAUCAUUGGAUAUAGUGGCAUCCUGUGGGGACGAUAACAUAAAAGUUCAUUCGAUUACAAAUCUUCAAGAAACAGAACGGAUAAUUACGGUACCAGAUCAUGCAAAUGUACAAAUGAUUGACUGGUCACCAGAUGGACAACUCCUCGCAGUGACCACAAGCGGAGGAACGGUCUAUACUUAUGUAACCAAGCUACCACAUAUGUUUGCUGUGUUCGCACCUCGAAUUGUGAUGCUCAGCAGUCUGGCCGAAGUCUCCAUAUACAUAUAUUCGCCAGAUAAGGCGAGAUCUAUACCCUUUCGCCUGCCCCUGGAAGGAGAACCCACCUUUCUAGCUGUCGGCCCAUAUAAUCUUGCAGCUGGUAUCGAUAAACAUGUCUGGUUUUAUGAUCUGGGUAAAAGUCUUGGCGAGGAGCCACGUCCCUUGAGUGAACGAGACAUGCCCUCAAAUAUAAGCAGCAUGCACUUGAAUGCCGAUUAUUGUGCAGCUUUAUGUGCACCCCAAUUGAUCCUUCAAGCAAUUGCAACAGAUAAUCCGAAUUGCAAGGAUAAGCUACUCGCCACUUUUCCAAGUGCCUUACCCACCAUUCCAAACGAUGCGGUGAUAACUUGCUUUGCCCUUACCCAAGAGCUGCUUAUCUUUGCCACUGAUAUUGGCCAUCUAAUCUUUUUUUCAUUGGAAAAGUGGGAUAGUUGCACUAUCUUUAGGCAUAGCAUGGGCAUUCGGCAGCUCUUCACCGACAUUGAAGGAACCAAAACCAUUUUCAUAGAUGAUCACGCUCAAGGAUACAUUUUUCUUCCAGCCAUGGAGGAGGCGUUGCUCAUUCCAGAUAUGUCAAAGCAGUGCUUGGGCUGUCUCUGGGAUCUCACCCAGCCGAAUGUAUUUAUUAGUUUUGAUGCGAAAAUUGUGACAACUCAUGUCUUUGCCCGUCACUCGGUACAUGGAAUGCACACACGAAAGGUGGGCGAGUCCAAACUUAAUCCAGCUCAAUUACCCAUAUUGUUGUGUGCCGGCGAAAUGGCUCUUCACAUCGAUGGCGGGCAGUAUGCCACACAAUCGCUCACCACACAUGUAAUUAAUCCGAGCAACAGUCAGUCAGAGAAUCUUCAAUUGUACCUAAGACUAAAGAAAUAUGACGAGGCCUAUAAACUUUGUGAACAGAUGAAUCAGUCCAGUGCUUGGAGAGAGUUUGGCGAACAGGCCAUCACCGAUUUGGAGCCAGAAAUUGCCAUUCGUGCCUAUAGACAACUGGGGGAUGCAGCCAUGGUUAAUGCUUUGGAUGAGCUUCGCUAUAUUGAGGAUCUAGCCAUGCUUAGUGGCUGUUGCUGUAUGCUUUUAUCCCAAUUUGAGCAGGCCAAGGAUUACCUUCUAAAGGGAGUCUACACAAAAGCCGCCUUAGAGUUAUGUCGUGAUCUUUUGCAAUGGGAUCAAGCAUUGCUCUUGGCCUAUAAACAUGAACCACAAGAAGUUCCCUACAUAGCAAGAGAAUAUGCCCAGCAAUUGGAGUUCACAGGAAACUAUGCAGACGCUUUGUAUAACUACGAGAAGGGCUACAAGGAAGACUUAAUCAACAAUGAUGAAGGGUUGAAGCCAACAUUAUUGCAAAAGAGCCCAGGGUACGAGGAGCAUGUGCGUCUCUGCAAAAUGGGCAUUGCAAGGACAUCUAUACGAACAGGAGAUUUUCGACGUGGUAUACAAUAUGCUGUGGAGCUGCAGGAUAAGCAAUUACUUUACGAUUGUGCUGAGCUCCUGGCAACUGUUGGCCACAUUACUGAAGCAGCCGGACUGUACGAACGUGGCGGUUACUUUGAUGAGGCAUGUGGCCAUUAUAUUGCCUUAAAAAUGUGGAAUAAGGCAAACACGGUCCUCUCGAAAGUAAAAAGUAGUAAAUUACAUGCAGCCUAUGCCAAGGCCAAGGAAUCGGAUGGCCAUUUUGAAGAGGCCAUUCGAAGCUAUAAAAUUGCUGGUGACUUGGAUGCCUGUGUUAGAAUAUAUCUGGAGCAUUUAUGCGAUCCGCAUGCAGCUUCUGAGAUUGUACUAGAAUCUCGUUCGGUGGAUUCAGCCAAAUUGUUGGCCAAGUUCUAUCAGAAAAUUGGUGACAUUGAGCAAGCGUUGCAAUUUCUCAUAAUUUGCGGAUGCGUUGAAGAAGCCUUCGCCUUGGCUCAGCGUCACAACAAACUACGUCGUCAUGGCGAGCUUCUGGAACGCUUGGAGAAUGUGAAAUCUGCUGAUUAUUUGGCCUUGGCUCACUACUUUGAAAGUGAGAAAUAUACAUUGCUGGCGGGAAAGUAUUAUUUCUUGGCCAGAGAUUUUACAAAGGCAUUGAGGUUCCUGCUUAAAGCCUCGGCAUUUAGCAAUGAAGAGGAGCAGGCUUUGUCGCUGGCUAUAGAUUGUGUGGCCACCUCUAACAACGAGCAGUUGGCAUCACAAUUAAUUGAAUUUCUGCUUGGGGAACUUGAUGGAGCACCCAAGGAUCCGCGUUAUCUAUUCCGUUUGUAUAUGGCACGCAAACACUAUAAGGAUGCAGCCAAGACGGCCGUAAUUAUUGCCAAUCAAGAGCAAUUAGCAGGCAACUAUAAAUCAGCCAGAGAUUUACUCUACUCUAUGUAUCAAGAAUUACGUCGUAAUAAUCUUUCGGUGACGGCUGAAAUGCGUCAUAAUUUAAUAUUACUCCAUCGUUAUACAUUGGUUCGCAUCCAUGUCAAGUUGGGCAAUCAUCUGCUAGCCGCUAAGCUGUUAGUCCAAGUGGCCACUUGCAUUUCUCAGUUUCCCGAACAUAUCAUUCCCAUUCUAACGUCCACGGUUAUUGAAUGCCAUCGAGCAGGUCUCAAGAAGUCUGCCUUUGUCUUUGCCUCAAUGCUAAUGCGUCCAGAUUAUCGCAAUCAAUUGGAUACAAGAUAUGUAAAGAAAAUCGAAUCAAUUGUCCGCAAGGCUCCAAAGGGUAUCAAAAAUCUACGCGAUGAGAUCGAUGACGAGACAAUGGAGUGUCCCAUUUGCGAUGCUAAUUUGGCCAACAUGGAGGUUACUUGCUAUAGCUGCAAAACCACUUUGCCCAUCUGCAUAGCCACAGGUCAACAUAUUAUUAAGCAACAAAUGACUUCAUGUCCGCUUUGCGAUUUUCUCUGCUUUCGUUCCGAGAUGGAAAAUAUACUCUCGGAAAAUGGCGAAUGUCCAAUGUGUAGUGAGCGGGUGGAACCAGAGCAACUUCUCGAUGUGGAGGAUAUACGUCCGUACAUCUUAGCUGCAUCCUAAGUUCAAUGAUUUAUCUAGUUAAGGCACAGCAAUUUCAACACCAAAAAAAAAAAAGUAAUUUUAAGGUAGAACGCACUAACAUGCACUAAUUAGAAAAAAAUAUUCUGCUUAUCAAAAGAAUAUAACAUUUUUCUAUGGAAAUGGUCACAAUUUACCUUACAAUUAUGCACCCAAAUGCUUCAUCAAAAAAUAAAAGACUUUUAGGUAAAAAAUA